UAUAUAACCACCAUGUCUUCCUCAACUCGACAUUCUGGAUCUGAAUCGUCUUCGACAAGCACAGAAUCCACUCUAACGCAGUCCACACUGGAGUUCAUUGAAGAAAAUGCUUCGUCGUCUCUGAUUUCACCCGCCUCAACACAUAUACCAAGAAUGAUCAAGCUUCACUAUGAGAAUUGGACUCUUCGGGUGCCUGAUACUAUAACCGAAGCCCACGAACUCCUUCAUAUGCUUCGCUCUCAUCGACGGUCCUGUGUUGCCCAGAAAACAGCGGCAGAACAGCGACUUCACACCAUGAUUAUUUGCGUCAACUUUCUCCGGACGGAAAUUGACCGGGAGGCAGAGCGAAUCAAGGAGGCGGAUAGUGAUAUUGGCCAAGCACGCCAGAUGAUCUCUUUGAAGGGUCUACCAGAUAUCUUUUCGUGUUCAGAAUGUAUUGCAUGA